AUGAACAUGACAAUUUGUAUAACCAACCAAUUUUGAUGUGCUUGCCAGAUCAAUUUCCGAAGCCAUGUCGAAAAACUUCCCUAUAAAUUCAUCCCUUUGACAACAACCUUCUCCAUCAGAACAACGACCCUUCUAAAAUCUGAUCACCAAUUGCAACUUAUUCGAAAAAAAUGGGUUCCACCAACACUGCUUCAGUUGCUCUAUUUUUCGCCCUCAACAUUCUCUUCUUUACACUAGUCAGUUCAUGCGACACUUGUUCUGGUCCGAAGCCUAAGCCUAAGCCAACUCUUCCAACUCCAUAUCCAGCAAAUCCAUCUGCCGGAAAAUGCCCUAGGGAUGCCCUAAAACUAGGCGUCUGUGCUGAUGUCCUCAAUUUGGUGCACAAUGUUGUGAUUGGAUCUCCACCAACACUCCCAUGCUGCAGCCUUCUUGAAGGUCUCGUCAACCUCGAGGCCGCAGUAUGCCUUUGCACUGCCAUAAAAGCCAACAUAUUGGGAAAAAAUCUCAAUCUUCCUAUUGCCCUCAGCUUGGUUCUUAACAACUGCGGCAAGCAAGUCCCCAAUGGCUUUAAAUGUACCUGAAAUAUCUAGCCUCGAUUCGGAUCCUAAAUUGUUUGCUGGCUUUUAUUCUUUGUGUUUUUUCUUCAACUGUAAAAGUGUGUUACGUUAUUUCUUAUUUCAGUGUUGGCUUA